AUACCCAUCCCCAUCAACAUCGAUGCCCUCCUCUGUGAUGACGAUGACAAUGAUGACAAUGCCCUCCUCUGUGAUGACGAUGACAACGACGUGCUCCUCUGUAACGACAAUGCUGAUGACGCCCUCCUCUGUGACGACGAUGAAUGACGACACGCUCCUUUGUGACAACAAUGAUGACGACAGCGACGACUCGGUUCUCUGUGACUAUGAAAAUGACUUGUACCUCUGUGAUGAUUACAAUGACGACGCGCUCCUCUGUGACGACGACGACAACAACACGCUCCUCUGUGACGACGACGAUGAUGCACUCCUCUGUGACGAUGAUGACGAUGGCAACUUGCUCCUCUGUGAUGACGAUGACGACGACGCACUCCUCUGUGACAAAGACGAGGACGGCAACUUGCUCCUCUGUGACGACGAUGACGAUGACUCGCUCCUCUGUGACGACGACGACAAUGACAACAAUGAUGCGCUCCUCUGUGAGGACAACAACGAUGCGCUCCUCUUUGACAACGACAACGACGACUCGCUCCUCUAUGACAACAAUGAUGACGCGCUCCUUUGUGACGAUGACAACGAAUCGCACCUCUGCGACGACAACGACACCCUCCUCUGUGACGAUGAUGACGACAACGACGCGCUCCUCUGUGACAAUGACGACGACUACGCACUCCUCUGUGACGCCGAUGACAACGAUGACGCACUCCUCUGUGACGAUUAUGACGACAACGGCUCACUCCUCUGUGAUGACGACGACAACUCACUCCUCUGUGACAACAAAGUCAACGACGAAUCACUCCUCUGUGAUGACAACAACGGCGACGCCCUCCUCUGUGGUGAUGACGAUGACAAUGACGCAGUCCUCUGUGAUGACAACGACGAUGGCGCCCUCUUCUGUGAUGACGAUGACGACGACAACAGUGAUGACUCAGUCUUCUGUGACUAUGAUAAUGACUCGUACCUCUGUGAUGACUACAAUGACGACGUGCUCCUCUGUGACGAUGAAGACGACAACGACUUGCUCCUCUGUGACGUCGACAGCAAUGACUCGGUCCUCUGUGAUGAUGACAGUGACUCACUCCCCUGUGACGACAACGACGACGACUCACUCCUCUGUGACAAAGACAAUGACAAUGAUGCACUCCCCUGUGACAACGACGAUGACGACGACUCACUCCUCUGUGACGAUGACAACGAUGACGCCCUCCUCUGUGAUGACAAUGACGACGAUGCGCUCCUCUGUGACAACGACGACGCGCUCCUCUGUGACGAGAACGACGACGGCGACAACUCAGUCCUCUGUGAACAUGAAAAUGACUAGUGCCUCUGUGAAGACGACAACAAUGACGCGUUCCUCUGUGACGAUGACAAUGAUACGCUCCCCUGUGACGACAGUGACAACAACACGCUCCUCUGUGUUGACAACAAUGACUAUGACGCGCUCAUCUGUGACAACAACGACAACGAAUCGCUCCUCUGUGAUGAUGACGAUGACGAAUCUCUCCUCUGUGACGACGACAAUGACGACUCACUCCUCGGAGACAGCAACGACGAAGACAACUCACUCCUCUGUGACAACAAAUUCAACGAUGACUCACUCCUCUGUGACGACGAUGACGACGACGCGCUCCUCUCUGAUGACGAUGACGAUGACGACGCGCUCCUCUCUGACGACGAUGACAACGACGCCCUCCUCUGUGAGGACGUCAGUGACGAUGCGCUCCUUUGAGAUGAUGAUGACGACGCGCUCCUCUGUGAUGAUGAUGACAACAACAUGCUCCUCUGUGGCAACGACGAUGACGCACUCCUCUGUGACGAUGACAACAAUGGCAACAACUCGGUCCUCUGUGAUGACGACGACAACUUGCUCCUCUGUGAUGACGAGGACGACGACUCGCUCCUCUGUGACAAUGAUGACGACUAGAACGCGCUCCUCUGUGAUGACGACGUGCUCCUCUGUGAGGACAAUGAUGAUGUGCUCCUCUUUGACAACAACGACAACGACUCGCUCCUCUGUGACAACAAUGAUGAUGCGCUCCUUUGUGACGACAACGACAACACCCUCCUCUGUGAUGAUGAUGACAAUGACACGUGCUCCUUUGUGAACAACGACAAUGACACGCUUCUCUGUGAUGACGAUGACUAUGACACGCUCCUCUGUGAAGACGACAACGACGAAUCGCUCCUCUUUGACGACAACGAUGACGACACGCUCCUCUGUUAUGACGAUGAUGCGCUCCUCUCUGACAACGACGCGCUCCUCUCUGACAACGACGACGACGCGCUCCUCUGUGACAACGAUGACGACGAUGCCCUCCUCUGUGAGGACGUCAAUGACAAUGCGCUCCUUUGAGAUGACGAUGGUGACGCACUCCUCUGUGACAACAACGACAACUCGCUCCUCUGUGACAAUGAUGACAAUGACGACGCACUCCUCUGUGACGACGAUGAUGGCAAAUCGCUCCUCUUUGACGACAAGUAUGACGACACGCUCCUCUCUGAUGACGAUGACGACGUGCUCCUCUCUGACGACAAUGACGACGAUGCACUCCUCUAUGACAAUGAUGAUGACGGCGCCCUCCUCUGUGAGGACAUCAAUGACGAUGCGCUCCUUUGAGAUGACGAUGACAACGCACUCCUCUAUGACAACGACAACUCACUCCUCUGUGACAACGAUAACGAUGACAACACACUCCUCUGUGACGGUGACCUCCUCUGCGAUGACGACGACGACGACAACUCACUCCUCUGUGACAACGAUAACGAUGACAACACACUCCUCUGUGACGGUGACCUCCUCUGCGAUGACGACGACGACGACAACUCACUCCUCUGUGACAACAAAGUCAACGAUGACUCGCUCCUCUCUGACGAUGACGACAAUGACGACGCCCUCCUCUCUGAUGACGAUGACAACGACGUGCUCCUCUGUGAUGAUAAUGAUGACGACGAUGCGCUCCUCUGUGACGACGAUGACGAUGACACGCUCCUUUGUGACGACGACGACAACACCACGCUCCUCUGUGACAACGAUGAUGACGGCGACGACUCAGUCCUCUGUGACUAUGAAAAUGACUCGUACCUCUGUGACGACGAGAAUGACAACGCGCUCCUCUGUGACGACGAUGACAACAACAUGCUCCUCUGUGACAACGACGAUGACGCACUCCUCUGUGACGAUGACAACGGCAACGACUCGGUCCUCUGUGAUGACGACGACAACUUGCUCCUCUGUGACGACGACGACGACGACUCGCUCCUCUGUGACAACGAUGAUGACUAGAAUGCGCUCCUCUGUGACGACGACAACGAAUCGCUCCUCUUUGACGACAACGAUGAUGACACACUCCUCUGUGACAACGACGAUGACGACGACACACUCCUCUCUGACGACGAUGACAACGAUGCGCUCCUCUGUGACAACGACGAAUAUGAUGCGCUCCUCUAUGACAACAAUGCCGACGAUGCCCUCCUCUGUGAGGACGUCAAUGACGAUGCGCUCCUUUGAGAUGACAGUGAUGACGCGCUCCUCUGUGACAAUGACGUCGAUGACGACACACUCCUCUGUGACGACGAUGACAACGACAACUCACUCUUCUGUGACGAUGACGAUGACGACGACGCGCUCCUCUGUGACAACGAUGACGACUAGAACGCACUCCUCUGUGAUGACGACGACAACAAUGAUGCGCUCUUCUGUGAGGACGACGAUGCGCUCCUCUUUGACAACGACGACGACGACUCACUACUCUGUGAUGAUGAUGACAAUGACAACGCGCUCCUCUGUGACAGCAACGACAAUGAUGUGCUCCUCUGUGAUGACGACAACGACUAUGACGCGCUCGUCUGUGACGACAACGACAACGGAUCACUCCUCUUUGACGACAACAAUGACGACACGGUCGUCUGUGAUGACGACGACGACACACUCCUCUGUGACAUCAGAGUCAACGACAACGCGCUCCUCUGUGACGAUGACGAUGAAAACGACAUGCUCCUCUGUGACUACCACGAUGACGGCGACUUGCUCCUCUGUGACGACAACGAUGACGCUCUACUCUGUGACAACGAUGAUGACGACGACGCACUCCUCUGUGACAGCGACGACGAUGGUGACACGCUCCAUCGUCACAGAGGAGUGUGUCGUCGUUGUCGUCACAGAGGAGCGCGUCAUCGUCACAGAAGAGUGCAUCAUUGUCAUCACAGAGGAGUGUGUUGUUAUCGUCGUCACAGCGGAACGCAUAAUCGUCGUAGUCAUCAUCAUCACAGAGGAGCAUCUUCAUUAUCAUCGUCGUCACUGUCACAGAGGAGUGAGUCGUAAUUGUCGUCAUCUUCACAGAGGAGCGAGUUGUUGUCAUUGUCAAAUAGGAGUGAGUCGUCAUUGUUGUCGUUGUCACAGAGGGGCGAGUUGUCAUUGUCACAGAGGACUGAGUCGUUGUCAUCAUCACAGAGGAUCGCAUCAUUGUCGUCGUCAUCACAAAGGAGCAAGUCGUCGUCGUCGUCGUUGUCAUCAUCAUCCAUCGUCGUCACAGAGGAGUGAAUCGUCGUUGACUUUGUUGUCAAAGAGGAGUGAGUUGCCGUCGUCGUUGUCGUCUCAGAGGAGUGAGUCGUCGUUGUCGUCGUUGUCACAGAGGAGCACGUCGUCAUUGUCGUCAUCGUCGUCGUCGUCGUCACAGAGGAGCGUGUUGUCGUCGUCGUCACAGAGGAGCGUGUUGUCGUUGUCUUCACAGAGGAGCGAAUCGUCGUCAUCAUCGUUGUCACAGAGGAGCAUGUCGUCGUCGUCAUCGUCAUCACAGAGGAGCGUGUCAUGGUCGCAGUCGAUGACGACAACUUGUUCCUCUGUGAUGACGACAGCGACGACAACUCGCUCCUUUGUGACAACGACGACGCACUCCUCUGUGACGACGAUGAUGACACCGCUCCUCUGUGAUGACGACGGCGACAACUCGCUCCUCUGUGACAACGAUGAUGACAAUGGUGUGCUCCUCUGUUACAACAGUGAUGACAACAUGCUCCACUUUGACAACGGUGACGAAAACGUGCUCCUCUGUGACAACGAUGAUGACUUGCUCCUCUGUGAUGAAGACGACGAUGAUGAAGACUCGGUCCUCAGAGACAAUGACGACGACAACGACGUGCUCCUCUGUGAUGACAACGACAAGGAGCAAGUCAUCAUCGUCAUCGUUGUAACUGAGGUGCAUGUCAUCAUCAUCGUUGUCGUCACAGAGGAGCGCAUUGUCGUCAUCGUCACAGAGGAGUGUGUCAUUUUCGUCACAGAGGAGUGCGUCAUUGUCGUCACAGAGGAGCGCGUCAUUGUCAUCAUCAUUGUUGUCACAGAGGAGCGCGUAAUCAUCGUCAUUGUCGUCAUCACAGAGGAGCGAGUCGUCGUCAUCAUUGUCAUCGUCACAAAGGAGUGCAUCGUCAUUGUCGUCGUCGUCAUCGUCAUCGAGGACUACAACGACUCGUGCCUCUGUGACGACGACAACGACGACUCGCUCAUCCAUGAUGACUACAACGACUCGCUCCUUUGUGACGACGAUGAUGAUGACAACGUGCUCCUUUGGGACGACACUGCGCUCCUCUGUGAUGACGACAACAACUCGCUCCUCUGUGACAGUGACGACGACAACGACGCACUCCUCUGUGACAACGAUGAUGACAACUCACUCCUCUGUGUUGACGACGAUGACACGCUCCUCUGUGAUGACGAUGACGACGAGUCGCUCCUCUGUGACGACGAUGAUGACAACAAGUCGCUCCUCUGUGACGAUGACGACAACGCGCUCCUCUGUGAUGCUGACAACAACGACUUGCUCCUGUGUGAUUAUGACAACGAUGAUGACUCACUCCUCUGUGACGAUGAUGACGACAACCAUUACCCACUUCUCUGUGAUGAUGGUGACAAUAACUCACUCCUCUGUGACAACGACGGCGACAAUGACUCACUCCUCUGUGAUGACGACGACGACAAUGACGCGCUUCUCUGUUACAAUGACAACAACGACGCACUCCUCUAUGACAACAAUGACGAAAAUUUGCUCCUUGGUGACGACGACAAUGACGCACUCCUCUGUGACGAAAACGACGACAGCGACGACUCACUCCUCUGUGAUGUCAACGAGAACGACGACUCACUCCUCUGUGAUGAUGAUGAUGACUCGCUCCUCUGUGACGACGACGACGACAAUGACGCGCUCCUAUGUGACGAUGAUGACAAUGACACGCUCCUCUGUGACGAUGACGUGCUCCUCUGUGACGAUGACGACAACACCACGCUCCUCUGUGACAACGAUGAUGACAACUCACUCCUCUGUGAUGACGAUGAUGAUGACUCACUCCUCUGUGAUGAUGAUGACAAUUCGCUCCUCUGUGACAACAAUGAUGAUAGAGACUCGCUCCUCAGAGACGACGACGACGACGACAACGACGUGCUCCUCUGUGACGACAACGAUGAGGAGCGAGUCAUCGUCAUCAUCGUUGUAACUGAGAUGCAUGUCAUCGUCGUCAUCGUUGUCGUCACAGAGGAGCGCAUCGUAGUCAUUGUCACAGAGGAGUGUGUCGUCGUCAUCACAGAGGAGCACGUCGGAGUGUUGGAGUUUCCAUUAUUUCCUCUUCCUUCUUUCAGUUUGGGUUGGAGGUUCCCUUCUUUGCUCUUCUUCCUUGCAGUUAGAGGCUCCCUUUUUUUCUCUGCUUGCAGUUGGAGGUUCCCUUCUUUCUUGACAUUCCCUUCUAUCCUCUUCUUCCUUGCAGCUGCAUGUUCCCUUUUUUCCCUUUAUUUCUUGUAGUCAGAUGUUCCUUUUUUUCCCCCUUCUUUCUUGCAGUUGGAUGUUCCACUGUUUCCCCUUCUUUCUUACAGUUGGUGUUUCCUUUCUUUCUUGCAUUUGUUUAGUUCCUAAACCUCUCCAUAUUCCGUGCCACUCAGCAUUCUCUGAUUUUGGGGAAGGCUUCUUCCAGAUAAUAUAAAUGAGGAGGGAUACAUUCAGGGGAAUUGAUAUUAUGACCAUUAAUUUGGCAUUCCAAAGAUGUGUAAGGAACUGAAGAGAACCUGGAAACCGGUCUCAACAUCGUGUUGUUUGUAAAAUCAGCUACUCCCUCUGGGAUGUAACUGUCAAUAUUCAAAUCAUACAACACUGUAUAUAGGUACCAAGCAGGUGUCUCCAUCAGUGCCUUUAAUUGGUUAUAUAUGUAUGCAACUCCAAAACAGAAAAUGAUGAGCUUAAUAAGAAACCAGUACAUUCCAAAAAGCAUAAUGGCCUUUAAUCCUUCAUAUAGCACUCCUAAAAUAAAGAACAGAUACAUAGCUGGUGGUUGCUAAAAGGAAAAAAACUCAGUACAGUGUCCAGAGUCUGGCAGACCGCCUGGCCUAUAAUCUAAUCUAUGAAGGUCAAAGCUAGCUACAGCGCUCUGCAACUCCUUGACUUUAAGAAAUCCUUUUUUUUUUUUUUCUGCUAGUGUUAAAAAGUUUGGAUUUGGUUCAGAAUGCCCACAUUCUCCACCAAUAACUGUCACGGAGUUAUCUCUAGAUCUAUCUGUGUCCAUGACAGGGGGACAGCAGGCCCACUGGCCCACUGGCCCAAAAGAAGGUGGGGGGAAGGGGUGUCAGCAAUUCACAGGCCCAUUCAGCCUGGUUCUGUGACUACUGGGGCAGGGGGUCCCAUGGACCCACACUCCGGGAAAGGGGAAAGGGGAAAGGGAAAAGGGGGAAGGGUAGGGAGAUGGGAGAUGGGCCUAAAGAAAAAACAGUGGCAACGAUCUGAGGAGGAAUGUUAAUUUACUAAAUUUGGUAUUGGAAUGCAAGACAACACAAUAUAAUACAAUAUGAUUGGAAUUGAAGCUAAUAAAUCAAAUUAAAUGAGAGGGUGUCCGAAACCAAAGGCCUUAUUCUAAAGCUGAAGGUGAAACAGCUAGAUGUUUUACUGCCAAGACGAACAGCAGAAAAAGAGAGUCUCGUGACUUGUGAGGAGUUUAUCUUUCCCUAUGAACACAAAGUCCUCUGGGAUACGUAGUUCUUCUCUUCUGAGAACCAGGCACCCAGAAAGUCGGCAGUCCACGGAACUGGAGCAUUAACUCUUGAACUCCCAGUGCUUUACAUGAUGUUACAAUGUGGAAUACCGAUAACAAAGAUCAUAAAACCAUGACACUAGGCUAGCAUGUGAUAAUGAUACAAAGGCUGUUGGAUCUCUAAUUCCUGUUGGAUAGCACGCUCCUAUCAUUUCUGCUUUUUUUUUUUUCCCCCACUGCACCAUACUUCCUUCUUCUAUGCUCAACAAAUUAAAGAUACUAUAGAGCAGAUUGACUGCAGCUGGCUACAGUUUGCCACAGGACGAAUUCUAAGAUGCUUGUUCAAAACAGUGUUAUGAUUUUACAAUACUGACCGGCACACUUUCAGAAUACAGAAUCAAUGUCUGUUUAUGCUGCAGGCUUCCAAGGUAGUCAUCUGGUAUCAUCAACAUUUGCGUUACGCUGAAAUCCUGUAGGUUUUGGCUGGUCAUCGAGAUGAGUUCGACUGAACUUCACUGACAGGUUAAAGCCUUUCAUUUUGAAUAAUUGGGUUAGCUAUCCAACUGUAUGCUUUUUUUGUUUUUUUAAAUAAUACUUUUAAUUCUGCAGAACAGCCUAGUAUUUUGUGCUUAAAAAACGUUCUGGAAGUUUCCAUCCAGUGUUAUUUGGAGAGGGAAAUGAUGUAGAAUAAAUGAAUUUAGAAAAAGGAAUUUGCUGAAAGAAGGUACGCUUUGCACUGAGAGUAUUUGAGGAGUGUUUGUUUUUAUUUUUUUGUAGAUUUUAGAAGCUUGCAGUAUUAUUUGUUACCUAUAUGCUCAAAAUAUAGUAACCUUUGUGUAAAACAAAUGAUUAUGUGUAGUAAAUAAGGAACAGUAGUGCAUAUGUUCCAUUUGUGCAUAUUUCUGGGGUCAGUAGUGGUUUGCUGGAUUUACAAGAACUUUCCUAGUGAUAUGGAAACAAGGACAUCGUGUCUGGUUUCUUCGGCAUACAAGAGUGCUCCGAUCUUCCAAAAGAAAUGGAUCGCUCUGGAUCUCUUCUUGCACCCAUGGGACUAACACUUCUGCCUUUAAAUGCUGCAACCCAUGACCCUAGUUCUAGGGUCCCACUUUUUCUUUUGAUAACUUUUUAUUUCAGACACUUUUAGCUCUUCAUCUCUCGUUUUUCAGUGGAGGGGUAUUGCUGGUUGAUUUGGUGUAAUACACAAUCUCCUGCCCUUUGGGAAGUCACUAAAUUCUUUGUUGUUGAAGCUUUUCUAAGAGAUAUUUCCAGGGUGCAUUUUAAAUCUACAUUUGAUUCUGCUAGCGGUCAUUUCUGUGUGACAGUUUCAUUUCCUUCACAUGCUAAUCUGCCAGAUAACUUGGCAUCUCUCGUUGCCCCCAAAUUCACAGAAUUCAUUUGUUAGCUUUACGUUGCAACAAAUGCAAAAAUAGAUUCACCUUAAUGCCAACCCUUGCCAUUACAUUUCAGACUCAGUCCAACUGCUGAAGGUUUGGGGUCCUAGUGCUCUUUUAUGAGGCCUAUAAUCUCUGGAAAUAGUUAUCAUUUAGUGUUUCAGGAGCAAUUUAGUUAUACAUUCUCAAAUAUUUAACAUAAUCAUCUGCUUUUGUGCUCCGCGUGGUAUGAUUGGCAAAAAAACAAUGCCUUCGUAUCUUUGUGUGCAGUUUUCCAGAGUUUACACAUUAUUCUUCCUGUGCUACAUUGAAAACAACCUUCAGUAAUUUCACAGCAGUCCUAAGAAUAGCAGAUUUAUGUCUGCUCUUCUUCAGGCAUCUUAUUAAAACACUAAUUACGAUCGUCAUCAAUAGACGUGGAAGUAUUUUUUAAAGGAAUCAAAUACCAAAACUGGCCAGCCAUUUCUUAUUGGCCUAUUUUCUGUUAAUGUGUUAUUAUUAUUAUUAUAAUCAGUAUUAGUGAGAAUGGACAAUACUCUUAUUUCAGGUUCCAACUCAUUUGAAGGCGUAAUAUUUUUACAAAACAGAACUGCUUUAAAUGAGCUCUGUGGAUCAGAUCCCUGGUUGUCACACAUCACUGACUUUUUGCAAAUUGAAAUGUUCCAGCAUAAAGGUGGUGUUUGGUGAAAAAUGUGCUACAUCUCAAGAGAUCAGCCCCUCUGUUAGGUUGGAUGGGAAUGUGAGGUGUUUAAACUCUGUUUCAAAGAGCAGUUCCACAGACUAUGUAAAUGUUUAGUCUUUUCAAAGACAGGAGAUUAAGUCACAGGGGACUCAAAUUCCCAUUUCCAUGCAUUAAGCCUGUAGCUGACCUAGUUCAAAAUUCAAACCUUUUCAUCCCAAAUGAACAUCCUGCUGAAUAUUCCAGUUUCAUUAUGGAAUGCGAGGCAGAAGAAUCAUAUUAUAGAUUUCUGUUUGGAACAUAGGUUGGCUAAAUGAGUAAUCAUAAAUUUUAGAGAAACUUGUCCUUCAUUUCUCUCAGAACUCGACUACUGGGAUCAUCGCAAAACAGUGAUAGAGAGGCAGUAAAUACUGAUAACUAUUUAGCUUCUCAUACUUGAGACAUUUGGAUGCUUUUUAGCAAUGCAGAUGCUGGAAGCAAUUUCAAAUUAGUAUUUCUAUAAUGAAAUGACUUUGUUUAUUCCUCACCAAUUUUGUGCAUGGUUCCAAAGAGAGUAUAAUUUAAUGAGAUGUCUGUAGAAUUUUUGCUUUUACACACUAGUAAAAUAACACUGACUGCAUCUAUUUCUGUUAUUUUCAUUCUACCUGACCUAGUGAGUAUUUGGCAUUGUUUUCACACCUUGUAGCUGUUUGCUUAGGAUAGAGAAGUGUUUUGGACCUGUGGCAUUUGAGAGGAAGGAUUGAGGCACUUUGAAAAAGAUCGUUUUGUCUUUACUAGUGACACGUCAUUUUCUGUUGUCACUAUGAGGUACUAAUAUUUCAGGUUUGGGGGAUUGUAGGAUUGUGUGCAUGGGGCUUAAUGCUGCUAUUUGCUCCAGAGCUUAUCUCCGCAAACUUGCAGUGCAUGAAAGCAUUUCUCACACCCGUUGCCAAUGGUUUACGGGCCAGUUUGGCCUGGUUCCGUGACUAAUGGGGCGGGGGAAGUCACAGACCCACGCCCCAGGAAAGGGGGAAGGGGGAAAAGGGAAAGGGUAGGAAGAUGGGCCUAAAAACAAAACAGCGGCAACAAUCUGAGGAGGAAAGUUGAUUUACUAAAUAUAUCAGAAUGCAAGAUAACCCAAUAUAAUACAAUGCAAUCGGAAUUGAAGAUAAUAAAUUCAAAUAAAAUGAUUGAGUGUCUAAAACUGAAGGCCUUUAAUGCUGAAGGCGAGAUGGCACGCACACUGUAGAGACGAGCAGAAAGGGAAAAAGGGGAUGUCUCAUGAUGUGCAAACAGUUUUGUCUUUCCCUCUUAAUAGAAAACAGAAACACAAAGUCCUCUGGGGGAUGUAGUUCUUAUUCUCUUCUGAGAACCAGGUACUGGGAAAUACUGACAAUCCACAAAACUGGAACAUUAGCUCUUCAACUCCCAGUGCACUACAUGAUGUUAUGAUAUGGAAUACCAAUAACAAAAAUCAUAAAACCAUGACGAAAGAUGAUAGAUUUGGGUUCUGUUUAUGGGCUCUGAUAGGAAAAGCAUUCCAAAGGUAAGUGUACAAUUCAGGUGCAGGUAUCUGAAACUGCAGUACUGAAAAUUUGCACAGUGUGCGUAAUCACACACUGCCUUCACUCUGCUUGUUUUGCUUUAAAGCUGCCUCCUGUAGAACCAGUUGCCCAGAUUUGAGAGAGCUGAGUAAUUUUAGUGUUUCAGUCAUUCUAGUAAGAAGUGGAGAAAUUGAAUGCUUGUAUGCCUGAGACCCCUCAGGACUUGAUUCUACAGCUGUUUUCAAUGCAGACUAGAUGCACAAUAGCCACAUCUGGCUUAGCCAAGCUGCUCACUCUGGAUUAUGUUUUUAUUAUUAUUGAGUUCUGGCUAGGGCAGGUGUUCUCAAUCACUGACUGGAACUGUUAACAGGUUCUAGGAAAACUCCUGGUAAAGGUAGUCUUAGAUCAGAAAUUAUUUGGUUUUUAUUUGGUCUCUUAUUUGAGCUGUUUGUCUGAAACCCAGUUGUUCUGUGAAGAACUUUGUUUUGCUUGCUAGAAGGCUAUCACGGUGCGUAGCUUUGUAUACGUGAAUGUAGGUCGCCCUCUAGUGAACGAAAAGGCUUACUUAUAGCUGCACUGUAAGAACUGCAUCAGUAUGGACCGUAACAGAUAAAAAAUACUGAAGCCCAUGAUAAGUUAGUUGUGACAGUCCUGAAGUAUGGCAGUCUUCAAGUUUAAAGGAAAAAAAUACACUUCAGCUUAGGUAAUAACUUGCUUUAAUAAUUACAGAUUGACUGAAAAUAUGUAAAGUGUAUCAAUCUGGUUUGCUAGAAUCUGAAACGUACGGCCGAGUGAUGGUGGAUCCAGUUCAGAACCUCAGUGACUUCUUCAGCUGCAACAUCGAGAACGUGUCAGGUAUGUGCCCAAGUACAGCCCAGACAGUGGGGGAGUAUGCUGUUAGACAGAUAUGGCAGCAUGGAUUUUUUAGACCUUUGAUUUCUGAGUGUAUAUGUAAAUAAUAAGUCUGCUUCUUUUAGGAUAAAACUCAACCUGAGACACAAGCAAGAGCCUUUGGAAACCUAGAGUUUCAUUCUACGUUAGCAGCUCAUCGUGCAGAUGCUUUUCCUCUGGUAAAACAGCCCAGUUCUGAUAGUUUCAGCCUGUCAUCUGCUCCACUCUUCCAGGUAAGCUGUCAGUUAAUUAAUCACACAAGCAUUUCUCUCAUGAUGAAAGACUAUGGUGUAGAGAACAGCAUACAGGUACCGGUGGGUAGGUGCUUUGUUAGUCAGCAGGACACAUCUGACUUCAGCAACACAUUUACUUUGUUUUGUCUCACUAACAGUGCAGCCUUGAGGCUGCAGAGCCUGUAGGUAUGCCUGUCACUUAGGCAGGUGUCACUGAUAUAGAAAAAAAAAUAAGAAAUAAACUUUGAAUUUUCUUGCAACUGGUAAAAAUAAAUGGCAAGCAGUUUAUAUACGAUAGGAAGUAAAACUAUGCAUACUGCCUUAAAAUAGAUUAUUGCAAAUUUCUUUCAUCUUCGGUCUUCUGAGGUUGGGUUCUUGUCACCAAAAUUAAGACCAGAGUGUUCGGUAGUUGCAGUAGCCUUUCUACAUUAACUCUAGAAAGAAACAGGCUCUUUUAGAACAGUUUACCUGACCUACUUCAGAAAGCUGCAUUAAAAAUGAAUCUUAUCACCAAGUAUGUAUUUCUGCCAUUGGUUUUCAUAGACAUAUUUGGCAACACGGCAUCUUCCAGUUCAUAGUAAGCACAUGUGCAUUAGGAGUAUCUGGGUUUUGUUUUUCUGAAGGUGAUGGCACGCCCAGAAUGGUACAUUCAUACUAUCUACAUGGUUUGAGCAAAGGAGAACACACACAGGCACAAUGGCAAAAGUCUCAACUACCAACACAUGUUAUCCUCUGCUAAUGGAAGAAUUAGCACCUUUAGCCUUUAAAUGCAGCAGCAGAGCCAACCCAGACUCCCUGGUCACGAUGCAAGACAAUGGAGUGGAUAAAAACAGGGGCACAAACAUUCAGCAUAUUGCACCAGACUGUUCCAACAAAGCUGUCAACACCCAGAAAGACAAGUUCCCAACUGGCACACUGUAACAGGCCAGUUCUGGAAAGAACAAGGAGGAACUCUGAAAACAGCAUUUUGCUUAUUACUGGGGGCCUGACAGGAUCACUGUUUUUGCCGUGCACUGUAGUCAUAACGCUUCUUUUGUCAAAACACGGGAAACCUCCCGCUGCUGCAGAUUGCAAAGUACCCACCAGCUACUCCAGCAGCAGUGAAAUCAUGACCACAUGAUACAGCAGCAUUGACAAUUCAGAAUUCCAGCCAGUUUCUGUGGUGCUUGCCUUUUAAGAUGUAAUUUCAUCGGGAAGCAGACUCUGAAAUCUAGCUCUCGGCUCACUCUGUUACACAGACAAUUGGCUGCUGCUCUGGUUCUAGUGUCGGUUCCUGUAUUGUUUCCAAUCAACAGCUAUUUCUGGUAAGGUUGGUAUAUUAGGUUCAUUUAUGAGUGAGUGACUUAUAGAAUUCAAACUAGAACUCUUUGAACAGAAGUAGCUGCUUUUUUCUUUUUUUAACCUAUGAUAUUGUUGCUUUUUUAAUGUUUUGAAUAUGCCACUGCAAAUGUGCCUUAUAUCUGUGACGGAAGCUUGGUGCUUGGAGAGAUACUUCUUUUACUUACAUAUAGAAUAUUUAGGUUUCAUAUAACUAUUUUGCUUUUUAAAAAAAAAUAAAAAUAAAGAAUUCCUAGUGAGGAAGGUCAUACUGGCAUUAGAAUGGAAGCUAAGGGGUACACUUUUCUUUUCAAUCAAUGAUACCAAUGGGUUUGUCUCAUUUCAUCGAGAACUUUGGGCCUAUGGACAGCGGUGGGAGACUCACACAGGUAAGGCUGUAAAAUUGCAGCUGUUAGUAGGAGAAUGUUAAACAAGAAUUAGAACUAUACUGUUAAUGCCUCACUAGAAAAAUGAUAUAUUAAUUUUCAGAUAUCGGCAAUAAGCACUUACGAACAUGUUUAAAAAGAUUUUCUUGUUUUAGAACAAUAUUACUGCUUUCCUGUAUUGUACAGUAAUUGCUUACCUUCCUUUACUGGCAUACUUGUGUUUGGCCAGAUAUCUAGCACUUAGGGAACACACAUCUUCUACAGCAAAUGUUUUGUUUAACUUAUACCUGGAAGAAAUUUGAUGCUAUGUAACUUCAUUUUAAGAAGAUAUGGUUUCAUUCACUACAGUGGCACUUGCGAUGUACUAGCACAAAGGAAUUGUUGCUGAGCUACUGAAUACAUCUUUUCUCUCCACUUCCUGUAAAGGUUUUUUAUUUUGGCUAGUUGUAAACAAUUACAGUUACUUGGUUUGGAGUUGUGGUUUUUGGUGCUGGGCUGGCUUGUAAGUUUUUCUUUUUUGCAAAGUAAUGAUUUUAGAGGAAGUCUACAGCAGUAAAGCUUUCUGUUUAAGGUUAUAAGUGUAAGUAAUUGGUAGCUAGAAUAAUAUUUUCUAGGGCUGUCAUAACAUUGCAGCUUUUACAUUUUUUUUCUGGUGGGUUAAUUUAACUCUGCUUCUGACUUUUUGAAAAGCAAAAAAUGGUAACUCAGCUUGCUCUCUGCUGCUGUCUUCAAGUUCCCCGUCUUUAUUCAAUGAUGAUGCCUUUUUAGAACUGUUUUUGAAUCUUUCUGAAGAAACUGAAACUGAGAAAAGGUUACUUAAUUGAAAUUGACAAUUUGCCUUCUUUUUUUUCCCUCUAGUGAAUUCCAAAAUUAUGCUAAAUUAGAUGAUGGCAUCAGGAAUCAAACAACUUAAUCUCAGUCACAACAUGUCUGAGACAAUAAGUAGAAUAGGAACCACUCCUGAACAGAGCUGUUUUGUUCUACCAGCUCAGCUGAACAGUGUACACGGCCGUGCAAUACCACAGAAUCUCCUACAUCUUGAGCCCGCAUCAGUUCUUUUCACAGGAAUCAAGACCAUCUCUACAUUUACCACGGAGAACUGAGUUGCUAUGCUGUUUGCCAAUAAAAAUAAUACUACCAUUCUUAGACCAUUCGAAGGAAGAACAAGCUUCAGUGACACUUACCUUUCAGUUGGUAUUGAUGGUAUGCAGAAAGUCAUUAUCAUUUUGUUCCUCUCUGUUCAUUCAUUCUCAGUUGAAAUAGCUGGCAUUACCUCUGAUGCCAAAGUACAAAGUAUACUCAUGCAUUAAAAUUAAGUAAGUUCAAUAAUGUUAAAAUCAAAGCUACAGAACUUUCAAAAAGGGGGCUUGAUUGGUGAUGGCUUUCAGCAAAACAAACAAACAAACAAACCCAAAAAACCUACCUUACCCGUUUAGUGUUUGUAACACUGCUAGAAGUUAAAAACAAAACACAGAUCCUGCAACUCUGAGAUGACUGAAUAAAUAAU